AACUCGGCGAUGCCUAACCCAAUUCAUUCUAAAGCUUAUUAAUUAAGCAGAAGCAUACCCAUAUUUUCCUUCUCCAAAUUUGCCUGUCCCUCAACUGAGAUCCACUCAUGAAAAUCAUCUCCAACCCCUUCACAAACCCAACAGUUUCAUAUUUCUCUUAGGCCUUUCCUACACUUACUUCAAAAUCAUUUCUUUUUCCUCUAAAAUGGAAACACACAUGAACGUAGCUUCUUCGCCAACUUCGCCCACAACCUUUGUUCAAGCAGACGCAAACACUUUUAGAGACCUAGUCCAGAAGCUCACGGGUUUAGUCGAUAGCGACUCAGAAAAACUCCCCAUCACUCUUCCCGGUAGACUCUCUUCAAAGCUUUCACAUCCCGUUGACCCCAUGAGCCCUCGUCGCUCACCUUUCAAGCUCCAAGAACGUAGACACGCCAUGAGAAAACUCGAAAUCAAACUUGGCCUUACCUCUCUCCGAAACUCACCAUCUCACUUAUCCCCGGGCCAAACUCAUCACCGACUCGACUCACUAAUCCCUAGUCCAGUGACUCCGUUAGAGUCGGUCUUUUUUCGAAGCCCUAGCACUGACUCGUCGUCAUUGUCCCCAGCAGUUUCUGAGGAAGAAAAGGCGAUAGCAGAAAAAGGGUUUUAUCUGCAUCCAUCACCGCUGACUACGCCGAGAGGAAAUGAGCCACCGGAGCUCUUGACCCUUUUUCCACUGAAUUCUCCCAGACAAGAUUAGAUUUUUUAAUUGUUUCUUGAAAAAAAGUUGUUUGAAAUACGUAGAAUCUUGAGUUUUAAAGGCCGGUGAAUAUCUUGCACAGGGUUUGGGGUCACAGUCUGAGAUGGAGAUGUAUCUGAUCACAUCCCAUAGGCGAACAUAUCCUUACUUUUAGAUAUAUAGCAAAGGAGAAAUGAUUAUAGUACUGUUAACAGUUGUUCCUUGAUUUUCUGCGCAAGAAUGGAAGGGUUUGGUUUCACUUUUUAA